CCAAGUCUCUCCAUCCAAAUUUAAUUUCAAGGUUACAAGUGAAUAGAGUAGAAAAGAAAUAACACUAUUCCGAUUGGCCGUGACGUAUGGAUCCCCUCGUUGUGCCAUGUGCCACCCACAGUGCGGGACCGGCAAAUCAACUUAUCGCCCUUCUUAUCAACACUCUCCUCACUUCUCAAUGUGCUCUUUCACCUCCAGAAAUGUGGCCUCAAGAUUACGGACCGACUAUUCUGGAGAAAGGAAUUGAGGAAUAUGACUUUAUAAUUAUUGGAGCAGGAUCAGCUGGUUCUGUCGUGGCAAAUCGCUUGAGUGAAAAUCCAGAGUGGAAAAUUCUGCUUCUAGAAGCAGGAAUUGAUCCUCCUGUUGAGUCUGAAAUUCCUGGGACAUUCUUUUUCCUCCAGCAGUCCAAUUUCGAUUGGAAUUAUCGAGCAGAUCCGAGCAGAAAAGCCAGCAAAGCAAUUCCAAUGGGUAGUUUCUGGCCUCGUGGAAGAAUGUUGGGUGGCUCGAGUGGCAUCAAUGCCAUGAUUUACAUGCGAGGCAAUCGCCGAGACUAUGAUCAAUGGGAGGCACAGGGAAAUCCCGGAUGGGGAUGGAAAAACGUCCUGAAGUACUUCAAGAAAUCCGAAGCGAAUCAAAAUGAUGACAUCGCCAGUGCCGAUGGUGGGAAAUUUCACGGAACAGAUGGACCGAUGAAUGUUGAAUUAUUCCCAGAUGGUGAUCCACUGAAGCAAAUAUUUAUUGAGGCUGGAGAGGAUUUGGGCUACAAACAUGUGAAAGAUUUCACUGGUGAGGAAAACAUUGGCUUCGGUCAGGUGCAAGGAACCAUCCAAAGAGGCAGAAGAGUCAGUACAGCCAAGGCAUUCUUAAUACCUGCCAAGGAUCGUCCGAAUCUUCACAUUGUUAAAAAUGCUUAUGCUCUGAAUUUAGAAUUCGACGAUAAAGGCGAUGUGAGUGGAGUUAGAUGGAAUUUAGCUGCUCAGGAAAUUCUUGUCGCCAAAGCCAAGAAAGAAGUGAUCAUGUCAGCAGGAGCAAUAAAUACUCCCCAGAUCCUGAUGCUGUCGGGAAUUGGUCCGAAGUAUCAUUUGCAAAAUAACCAAGUUCCUGUCGUGAAAGACUUGCCCGUUGGCCAUAAUCUGCAAGAUCACGUCAUUGUGCCACUCUUCUUUAAGUUCCACAAAUCGAGUGCCGCCGAGAAGACAAGAGAAGCUGUCGCUGAGGCCGUUUAUAUGUAUCUUAUUCACAACAUUGGCGCUCUCUCCAGUCAUGGCACAAUUGACACUGUUGGCUUUGUCAACACGAAGAACGACAGUGUUUUCCCCGAUAUUCAAUAUCACCAUUUCUCCUUCAAGAAGAAGGCAGCAGAAGUCAGAUUCGCCUUCGAUAGCAUGGGAUAUGAUCAUUCUAUCAUCGAGACACUGCACAAUGCUAGUCAAAAAGCUGAACUCAUAUCAGUCUUCACAGUCCUUCUCAAUCCCAAGUCAAGAGGAAGUGUCGAUCUAAGAGGACCCGAACCAGAAUACCAACCUAGAAUUAAUGCCAACUAUCUCGAUGCUCAAGAAGAUGUCGAUACACUUGUGCGCGGUGUGAAGACGUACUUGAAAAUGCUGGACACGCCAACCUUCAAGAACAAUGAGGCAAAGUUGGUCAAAAUACCUCUGCGUGAAUGCAAUAAAGAGAAACGUGGCAGCGAUAAUUAUUGGGAAUGUUACGUUCGACACAUGAGUACAACUCUCUAUCAUCCUGUCGGGACGACCAAGAUGGGUCCAGACUCUGAUCCAGACGCUGUCGUUGAUGCCAGAUUGAGAGUGAAAGGAGUCAAAGGAUUACGGGUAAUUGACGCUAGUAUUAUGCCAAACAUUGUUUCUGGCAAUACAAACGCUCCGACAAUCAUGAUUGGUGAAAAAGGAGCAGACUUGAUUAAGGAAGACUGGUUAAAGGGAGCAAAACAUGAAGAAUUGUAAAGACAACAUUUGAUAAUUGUCACAAACUUAUCAAAAUAAAUAUCUUUUGAGUGCAAAAACCGAGAAGAACAUUUCAUUUAGC